AUGGAGCCCAGCGCGCCCGGCGCCGCCCUGACCCUGUGCCUCUGGCUGGCCGCCGGGGGCUGCCUGGCGGCGCGGCGCCUGGACGAGUCGCUGGCGGCCGGCAGCAUCCAGCGCGCCCGCUGUGCCUCCAGGUGCCUCAGCCUGCAGAUCACGCGCAUCUCCGCCUUCUUCCAGCACUUCCAGAACAACGGCCCCCUGGUCUGGUGCCAGAGUCACAAGCAGUGUUCUAAGUGUCUGGAGCCCUGCAAGGAGUCCUGGGACCAGCGGAGGCAUCAGUGCCAAAGCUUCUGUGAGCCCCUCUUCCCCAAGAAGAACUAUGAAUGCUUGACCAGCUGUGAGUUCCUCAAGUACAUCCUGUCGGUGAAGCAAGGAGAUUGCCCGGCCCCUGAGAGGGCCAGUGGGUUCGCUGCCGCCUGCGUGGAAAGCUGCGAAGUGGACAGUGAGUGCUCCGGGGUGAAGAAAUGCUGUUCCAAUGGGUGUGGGCACACCUGCCAAGUGCCCAAAACUCUGUACAAAGGUGUCCCCCUGAAGCCCAGGAAAGAGUUACGAUUCACAGAACUGUCGUCUGGACAGCUGGAGAUUAAGUGGUCCUCGAAAUUCAAUAUUUCCAUCGAGCCUGUGACCUACGUGGUGCAGAGACGAUGGAAUUACGGAAUCCAUCCGAGUGAGGACGAUGCGACGCAUUGGCAGACCGUGGCUCAGACCACAGACGAGCGGGUCCAACUGGCCGACAUCAGACCCAGCAGGUGGUACCAGUUCCGAGUGGCUGCUGUCAACGUGCACGGGACCCGGGGCUUCACCGCACCCAGCAAGCACUUCCGCUCCUCCAAAGAUCCGUCCCCACCACCAGCUCCAGCUAAUCUCCGGCUUGCAAACUCCACCAUCAACAGUGACGGGAGUGUGACAGUGACGAUUGUUUGGGAUCUUCCCGAAGAACCAGAUAUUCCCGUGCAUCACUACAAGGUAUUUUGGAGCUGGACGGUGAGCAGCAAGUCCCUUGUUCCCACGAAAAAGAAGCGGAGAAAGACUACGGACGGGUCCCACCCUUCUGUGAUCCUGGAGCGGCUGCAGCCGGACAGCAGCUACAUGGUGGAACUGCAGGCCAUCUCCUACUGGGGACAGACGCGCCUCAAAAGUGCCAAGGUGUCUCUUCAUUUCAUGUCCAUGCAAACCGCCCACAACAAGGAAUCCCUUGGGAAAACUGGAAAAGGUGUGAUUCAAACCCAGUCCCCUUUCCAAAGAAGACGGCCCACUCGGCUCCUGGAAAUCGGGGCUCCCUUCUACCAGGACGACCAGCUGCAAGUCAAGGUCUACUGGAAGAAGACUGAAGAUUCCAGCAUCAACCGAUACCAUGUGCAGUGGUUCCCAGAAUUAUGUUCCCACAACGGAACAACCAGCUCUGAGAAGUCAUCUGGCAUGACACACGAGAAUUAUAUCAUCCUUCAGGAUCUGUCGUUUUCCUGCAAAUACAAGGUGAUGGUCCAGCCCAUCCGGCCCAAGGGCCCCGUGAAGGCGGAGACGGCUUUCUUUACCACUCCACCCUGCUCCGCUCUCAAGUGGAAAAGCCACAAGCACGCCAGCUGCCCGGAUGAGGCAGGCCAGGUGCUUCCCAAAGUGCUAGCCAAGCCGGAGAACCUUUCUGCAUCCUUUGUUGUCCAAGAUGUCAACAUCACGGGUCACUUUUCUUGGAGGAUGGCCAGGGCAGAUCUCUCCCAGCCCAUGACCGGGUUUCAGGUGACUUGGGCAGAGGUCACGACAGACAGCAGGCAGAACAGCCUGCCCAACAGCAUCAUCUCGCAGUCCCAGAUUUUGCCCUCGGAUCAUUAUGUCCUCACCGUCCCCAAUCUGAGGCCGUCCACCCUGUACCGGCUGGAAGUGCAGGUGCUGACCGCAGGAGGGGAAGGGCCGGCCACCAUCAGGACGUUCCGGACCCCCGAGCUCCCGGAGGGACUGUGGGGCUCCGCCCAGUGGGUCACCCUGCUGCAGGACUGGCAGUUCAGCAAAGACCUGAAGGACCGGGAGAAGCCAGUCACUGGAGAACGGGGGGAGCAUCCAGACCGAGACCUGGGGGAGCACAAACGCUGA